CCUUCCUUCCUUCCCAGAGACCGUCCCUUCUUCUUUCCCCCACUACUCCCGCCAUACUCUCCAAAACUAUUUACUGUACUAUUUUCGAUUCCAGAAAGGCAGAAGCCAGAAAGAAAGAAUUCAUUUCGAUUCCGAUUCAAAAAACGAUUUCCAAAAAAUGCUCCGCCUCUGCACUCGCUACCGCCGCCGCCGCGCUCUCUUCUCUCUCCGCCGCACCCUCUCCUCCUCUUCCUCGCCCCCGCCGCGUCACCACCCCGAAACUUCUCCCGCCGAAUACCCCAACAACCUCGCUAGUCCCCAGCAACUCCCUCCUCUCCCCCUCUCUCCUGUCUAUCCUCCCCCUCUCUCUUCUCCCUUCCUCUCUCGCACCUCCCUCUCUCUCCUCUCCGUAACCCUAGUCUCCUCCAUUUUUAUCUACGGCCUGACCACGACCGACUUCAGCACCAAACCUGACCUCAAAUUCGACCACCUCUACGCUGACCUCGAACAUGCGAUCGACCGGUCCAACGACUCUGUUAAGCGGAUUCUGAACCGGAUGAGACAGACCGGGGUGGCGGCGACGGUUUUGUGGAAGUCGUUGCGGUCGGUCCUGUCGUCGGCCAACCACGAGGUGAGGCUAGGGUUCGAGUUUCGGGUCGCGGCGUUCCUGGCCGACAUCGCGGCCGCCAACGCGGCCAGGAGGGCGGCGAUCGUCGGCGCUGGCGGCGGCGCGGUGGUGGAUUGGCUGCUGGAGACGGUGGCGGCGGGGGGCGGGGAUGGUUGCGGGACCCAGGCGGAGGCGGCGAGGGCGCUGGCGUACCUGAUCGCCGAUGGUGACGUGGCUGGGGCGGUGCUUGGGAGGCCGAGUGCCGUGCCGAAUCUGCUUAGGUUUAUUUUCUGUUCGCAGCCGCAGCGGUCGAAGAAGCAAUCAAGACGUACUUCAUUCGAUGUUUCUGAUUCUUUGAAAGGUAGGAGCAUGCUUGUUGCUGCCCUCAUGGAUAUCAUCACUUCAACCUGUGAUGGCUUAGACCAUAUACCACUCAAGCCAACACUGCCUGGAAAUGCUCAAAUGAGAGAUAUUGCAGCAGCCAUUGAAGUUAUAGCGGAAGGUGCCAUGCAUUUGGAUGAGCCGCAGGGAACUGAAGAGGACAAUGAUGGUGGAACAGGAAUAGAGGGGAUUGGGAUUAAAGUUCUUGGAGGUACAUCUGUUUUAGGGCUUUCAAGAACUAAUGGCCUAAAGGAAUUGGAGCAUUCCAGUCCUAGUAGUUUUGCCAGCAAUAAUCGUAAAAACUUUUUGUUCAACAAACUCAGUGAUAGUUCAGUGGCCCGAGAAAAUGUGACUAAAGCUGUUAUUCCUGGCCUUUGGGAUGAUUUGCUUUGUCAACAUGUUGCUGUGCCUUUUGCUGCUUGGGCUUUAGCAAAUUGGGCAAUGGCAUCGGAUAUGAAUAGGUUCCACAUUCAAGAACUGGAUCAAGAUGGACAUGCUGUCAUGACUGCUUUAAAUACAGAAGAGCGAUCUGUGAAAUGGCAUGGCAGUUUGGUGGCUCGCAUGCUUUUAGAGGACCGUAAUUUGCCCUUGAAUGACUCUGUUCCUGAUUGGAGUUUCAGUCUUCUUUCUACUGUUUCUCAAGCAAGCAAGAGUGAAGACAUUCCUUUGGCAAAGGUUGCUUUGUCUGCUUUUCUGGUUUCUAUUGAGAGAAGUCCUGCAGCACAGGAGGUAGUAGUGGACAGAGGUCUUAAUCUAAUGCGGGAAACUGCAAAACAUACAACAAAGCAUAAGCCUGUACAAGAAGCAUUGGCAAAGGCCUUAGUAUCACUUUCCACCAGGGACAAGCAUAUGUCUCUUGAAGAAAGUCAAAGGUGGUCAGGUGUUCUCGUUCCUUGGGUUUUUGGAAACCAUUCGUCCGACACCAUACGGUCUUCGGCAGUUAAAGUUCUUUCGCGAAUUCUUGAGGACUAUGGGGCAUCUUCUAUACCUAUCUCUCAAGGAUGGUUGGCUCUUUUGCUCACUGAUAUUUUGGGAUCCAGUAAGGCGAAGUUAAACAAGGGAAAUGCUCAGCCUAAAACAGACAAAGUGAAGACUCAAAUAGAUCAGGCAAACAUAGUCUCUGCACAACAGGCUGCGAAUCAGUUGUCAGAUGCUGUUGUUAAUUUAGCCGGCAAUCAGCUGGGAACAGACACCAAUAGUGUUGAUACAUUCCCUUUGGCAGAUCUUCUCAAACUUGAACCCUUUACUGGACCAUUAAAAAAUCUGAAGAAAGAUAGUCAGCGAAAAUUUGAUGCUGCGGAUUCUGCAUUGGCUACCCUCAAGGGGAUAAAAGCACUGACAGAACUCUCUGCUGAAGACACACUCUUUCAAAACAAAAUAACUGAUUUUGGCGUGUUGUGUUUGUUAAGGCGCUUUUUGCUGCGAGAUGAUUAUGAGCAAUUAGCUGCAACUGAAGCAUAUGAUGCUUCACGGGCGCAGGAGUUGCAAGAUCGGGCCUCAAAUGUGUCUGGUGGGCCUUCAGCUGUAGAUAGUAAUGAUUCUUCUCGUGUCCGAGUUCCACCCACAGCUCACAUUAGGAGACAUGCAGCUCGACUGCUAACCGUUAUCUCUGUGCUUCCAAAGGUUCAAAAGGUAAUCGCAGCAGAUGAAGCUUGGUGUAAAUGGCUUGAGGAGUGUGCCAGUGGGAGGAUUCCAGGGUGCAAUGAUGCUAAAAUUCGAAGUUAUGCUAGAGCAACAUUGUUAAAUGUAUUUUGCAACCAUGGAACCGACAGAAACUCCUCAAAUGGAAAUGUCAAUGACAGUAGUUCCCAAAAUCAAAACAGUAACUGUGCCGGUUAUGCUGAAAUGAUAUAUUUAAUAAAUCCUGAAUUACCGCACUGGAAGUGUCCUGAAGAAGGUUUAGACACUUCUGGAAAUAAACCAAGCAAGAAUGUAAACUCUGCCGCUGACAAUAGUGAGUCAACCCGGGUGGAAGAAUCUCAAAACUGCUCAAGGUCAGAAGCUCCUCCACUGGAUGUUGUCUUUGUCCAUGGCUUGCAAGGCGGACCUUUCAAGACUUGGCGCUUAUCUGAAGACAAGUCAUCAACUAAGUCUGGCCUUGUUGAGAAGAUUGAUGAAGAAGCAGGGAAGCAAGGGACAUUCUGGCCUGGAGAAUGGCUUCCAGCUGAUUUCCCAGGUGUUCGUUUGUUUUCACUGAAGUACAAGUCAAAUCUUACGCAGUGGUCUGGUGCUACUCUGCCUCUUCAGGAAGUCAGCUCCAUGAUAUUAGAAAAGCUUGUGGCUGCAGGCAUUGGGAGUCACCCCGUCGUAUUUGUGACGCAUAGCAUGGGAGGCCUGGUUGUUAAGCAGAUGCUGUAUCAAGCAAAAGCAGAUAAUAAGGAUGACUUUGUCAACAACACCAUUGGAGUUGCGUUUUAUAGCUGCCCUCAUUUUGGCAGCAAACUUGCAGACAUGCCCUGGAGAAUGGGUCUUGUGCUUCGCCCUGCACCCACUAUAGGAGAGCUAAGAAGUGGAUCUCCAAGGUUGGUAGAGCUCAAUGACUUUAUUCGUCACCUUCAUAAGAAGGGUAUGCUUGAGGUUCUCAGUUUUGGUGAGACCAAGGUAACUCCGAUUGUUGAAGGUUAUGGAGGUUGGGCCUUUCGAAUGGAAGUUGUACCAAUUGAAUCAGCUUAUCCUGGGUUUGGCGAGCUUGUUGUGUUAGAUUCAACGGAUCAUGUAAAUUCUUGCAAGCCUCUCAGCCGCAGUGAUCCUUCCUAUACAGAGAUUUUAAAAUUCUUGAAGAAGUUGAAAACCCAGCACAGAUAAACACGUCUUCUCCGAAGUGCACGCAGCCGAUGAUUGUACAUAGCAUUUGAGAAUCUGGAUCGGGCUUCAAGUAACAGUUAAAUCUGCUUAGGAGCUACCAGUGAUAGUUAGAAUACCACUUACACAACCACUAUCCAUCCGGGGCUUUGGUGGUUUGCAAAUCCAUGAUAGCAACACUUUUGAGAUAACCAACUUAUAGAUUCAUUGGUUUUUGUAGAUUUUGUACAUCCUGAUAUCAUCUCCCAGUGUUACUGAGAAAGUAAAAAUCAUGUUGUAUUUCCACAAGCUCCACCAUGUAACCCAUUUUUGUACAAAUAACGAAAUAAAACAUUCCGAUUUUUUGUAUUU